UCCGUCCCGUAGAAAACGUAGAUGUCAAGUCUCUCUCUCUCUCUCUCUCUCACAACAAAUGGAUAAGUAAAAAACUCGUAUAUAAUACAACGCCUGAUUACUGGGCCGGGUUUUUUUAGGUUUGUACGUGUCCGAUGUGGUCUCAGUGAAGAGGUUUUCUGUUUGCCCCAAAAUUUUUUCUAACUUUGGAUUUUCUUUUUGAUUUCUCCAAACUACCUACUACCUACCUGCUCUGCUGCUCUUUGGUUUCCGGUCGCAAACUGAGCUUUUAAAAACUUUCUGAUGCGCUUCAUUUCAGCGCCGACGACUAAUCCGACCGUUAAGAAUUCAAGUGGAAUUACUCUUUCUCUGCAAUUUGUUUACUUUUAAUUUUUUUUUUAUUUUUUUUUGGAUGCAGAAAUGAGUAAGAUUCAAUCAGGAUAUGAUAUUGAUAAUCUUUUUCAAGAAGCUCAAACCCGAUGGCUGAAGCCUGCAGAAGUGCUUUCAAUAUUGCAGAACCAUGAGAAGUACCAGCUCACCCAAGAGCCUGCUCAACAACCAACUAGUGGCUCUUUGUUCCUUUUUAACAAGAGGGUCCUUCGGUUCUUCAGAAAAGAUGGUCAUCGUUGGCGUAAGAAGAAGGAUGGACGAACUGUUGGGGAAGCACAUGAACGCCUUAAGGUUGGAAAUGCUGAAGCUUUGAAUUGUUACUAUGCUCAUGGAGAAGAAAAUCACAAUUUUCAGAGACGUAGCUAUUGGAUGCUGGAUCCGGCAUAUGAACACAUUGUUCUUGUACAUUACAGAGAUAUAACUGAGGGGAAACCCAAUGCUGAGUCUGCAGCACAAUUAUCUCCAGGUUCAUUUCUGUCCUUUACCCAGAGUCCUUGCUCUAGUACUACACCAAAUCAAGGUUCCACCUCCAUUGGUGAUGUAUACGAACCCUGUCAGAGUUUGACAAGUCCUGGAUCUAUAGAGGUCAGUUCUGACGUUUUAAUGAAAACAAAUGGGGGGGACUAUUUCCAAGGAGUAGAGAGGACAGGCAAUUUAGGUAGUUCAACAGAGCUCAAUGUUAGUCAAGCUUUACGAAGGCUUGAGGAGCAGUUAAGUCUGAAUGAUGACAGCCUCAAAGAAUUUGAUCCGUCUGGCAGUCAGGAUGAAGAUCCAGUCAAGUCAGAGCUGGAAUACGAUGGGGAGAUACCCAAUCAGGAGCAGUAUGCGAAUUUUCAUGGACAUGGACAUAUUAUACGAGAUCGGUAUUAUUCUGGACAUACUGGAAUGCAAGAUAAUGGUAGUUUGCAUCAACACCAAUUUUAUGGGCAUGAAUAUACAGAUGGAAGGACAGAAUCUUCAUCUUGGAAUGACGUUCUUGAUUCAUGUAAGGCUUUGUCAGGUGGUGAGUCUCAGAAGGAACAAUUAUACACGUUGCAAAAACAUGAAAGCCCACUAAGUUCAGGAAAUGGACCAACUGUAGAGCAGGAGCAUCCUGGAUGGCUGAAUUCCAAUGGAAAAAAUGUUGAAAACUCUUCCAUGUUGCUGCCCCAAGAAGUGAACAAUUUUCCAUAUUCUUCUGUGCUACAAAGUCAUGAAACAAAUUCGGACUACUACAUGAUGUUGUUUGGCAACCAGGGCCGAAUCGAACUGCUUGAAUCGGAUGUGAAUUUGACAAUUGCACAAAGGCAGAAGUUCACAAUUCGAGAAAUAUGCCCAGAUUGGGGUUAUGCUACUGAGACUACAAAGAUCAUUAUUAUCGGUUCGUUUCUUUGUGAUUCAUUAGAAUCUAGAUGGAAUUGUAUGUUUGGUGAUGUGGAAGUUCCUGCUCAGAUCAUUCAAGAAGGUGUAAUUCGUUGUGAAGCUCCUCCUCAUCCUUCUGGGAAGAUAACUCUCUGCAUUACUUCUGGCAACCGGGUGUCAUGCAGUGAAGUCAGGGAGUUUGAAUAUCGAGUUAAGAAUGUUGGUAGUGCUGAAAGUGAUUCAACAUCUACAGGUUCCACUAAGAGUGCAGAAGAACUGUUGUUACUAGUCAGAUUUGUUCAGAUGCUAUUGUCAGAUUCAGCAUCACAGAACGGAAACAACAUUGGAUCUGAGACCCCAAGAAAAUUGUUUGCUGAUGAUGAUUCAUGGGACAGUGUCAUAGAGGCACUUUUAGUUGGUAGUGGAACUUCAUCCGGUACCAUCUAUUGGCUUCUUGAAGAACUUCUAAAAGACAAGUUACUGCAGUGGAUUUCUUCUAGAUCUCAGGAACAAAUUGAGCAGGCAGGAUGUUCCCUGUCCAAGAAAGAGCAAGGAAUAAUACACAUGAUUGCUGGAUUGGGCUUUGAAUGGGCCUUAAACCCAGUGCUCAGUUCUGGAGCCAAUAUAAAUUUCCGUGACAUUAAUGGGUGGACUGCACUACAUUGGGCUGCACGUUUUGGAAGGGAAAAAAUGGUUGCCGCUCUUAUAGCUUCUGGUGCAUUUGCCGGGGCAGUGACAGAUCCGAGUUCACAAGAUCCAACAGGUAAAACCCCUGCAGCUGUUGCAGCGAUCAGUGGACAUAGGGGACUUGCUGGUUAUCUUUCUGAGGUGGCACUGACUAGCCAUCUGUCAUCACUUACACUGGAAGAAAGUGAGCUUUCUAAAGGAUCCGCUGAGGUUGAAGCUGAAAAAACUGUAAAUAGUAUCUCAAAGCAAAACCUUACUAUCAGUGAGGAUCAGCUUUCACUCAAAGAUACCUUGGCUGCAGUGCGGAAUGCAGCUCAGGCUGCAGCACGUAUACAAUCUGCUUUCCGGGCACAUUCUUUUAGAAAACGACUAGAGAAAGAAGCUGCUGCUUCUACUUUAGAAGAGUAUGGUAUUAAUUCAGAUGACAUUAAAGGGCUUUCAAUGAUGUCAAAGAUGGCCUUUGGCAACCCACGCGAUUACAAUUCGGCUGCAUUAUCUAUCCAGAAAAAGUACCGUGGUUGGAAAGGGCGCAAGGAUUUUCUGGCAUUUCGCCAGAAAGUGGUUAAAAUACAGGCAUGUGUUAGAGGUUACCAGGUUAGGAAGCAUUACAAGGUAAUCUGUUGGGCUGUUGGAGUUCUAGAAAAGGUUGUACUACGAUGGCGGCGGAAAGGAGUUGGUUUGCGAGGUUUUCGACAGGACUCUGAUUCUAUUGCUGAGAGUGAAGAUGAAGAUAUUCUUAAGGUGUUCCGCAAACAGAAAGUUGAUGUGGCAAUUGAUGAGGCUGUCUCACGGGUGCUGUCAAUGGUUGAUUCUUCAGAGGCACGUCAGCAAUAUCAUCGCGUGCUUGAAAAAUACCGCCAAGCUAAGCAGGCUAAACUGAGCGGCAUGACUGACAAUGCAGAACCGUCGACAACUAAUGUUGCGGAUAUUUGUACUAUGGAAGACCUUGAAGCCUACGACUUCCUAGACGACAGCUUUCAAUGAGCCUAACUUAACUCUUAGAUUGACCAGUUUAGAGAUUAAUGAUCUGGUAGAGAACUCCUGGAUUCAAUUUGUACAUAGAAGCCUGGUUUGCAUGGUUAAAAAAGUGAUAUCUGAUUGGUGACCGCUUCUUGUUA